CGCAAAGCGUGAUGUGGACGCGCUGCGAGUUAGGGUUAACGAGCGUCAACCAUUCCAUCCACUCCUUCCACUCCCCACAGCAGCGGCUUUUCCAGCUGCUGAUAGGCCUGGGAACGAGGGCACAGCAGUGUGUCGAGCGCUAAAAGGUCCUCUUUCGAAGUUCUGAAAUGGCUGCUCGCUCGAAAGCCGUCUCGGAAGCUCAGUCUUCGUUACAAGAUCAGUUCUGCCCUUUUAGCUUCAGCUCCAUCCCUGUUCUGCAGGCUCUACCCACAAACCCAAAGACCCUCCAAUCUACUUUCCAGAGGUAUGGCGCUCAACUAGCCGCCAGAGUUUCUACAGACGAGGACGAAGCAGCUUCGCAAGCGGAAUAUGCAAAUACCCUCAUAAUACACGCAGGCUCUCGGUAUCUGCGUAUCGGCCGUGCAUCCGAUACAUUUCCGAAGGAAGUGCCGCACGUCAUACUCCGGAAGGUGGAUGCUGAGCAGGGAAAACUUUCAACUUCCUCCUCCCGUGGACGGUUCGGGAGCCCUCUGAAAGAACAAGCGGAGCCGUAUUCACAGCUCCAGGAUGAUCUGAACGAGCGGUUACGAGAGAAAAAGGUUCGCGUUGUGACGAAUGCACGAGCGCAGGUGCUUGCAUUCAACGCGCAGGCGGAGCCUCAGGCGAUUGCAGACCAUAAUGAUCCAUAUAGGAUUGAGUGGUCGCAAGUACCGGACGGCAUCGGCCACGCCGUGGGUCUCAAGGCUCUACAUGUAGCAACCCUGCCAAAGCUCAACCAUGAAGAUGGAGACCGGUCCUAUCGACGAUUGUAUCCCAUCCAGCAUGGGAUACUCAAUAUAUCAGAUUACUCAUCCGCGAGGCAGUGCCUGGCGGACAUGAGAGUGAUAUGGACAGAGAGCAUUGAGAAGGAGCUGGACAUUUCCCGGGAUGCAUUUGGAAGCUUCAACGUAGUUUGGAUCGUUCCGAAUCUGUUCAACAAAGUCCAUGUCCGAGAAACCAUUGAGAUGCUGUUGAAUGACAUGGGUUUCAUGGCUGUUGCCCUUCUACAGGAAUCCGUAGCUGCGUCGUAUGGAGCAGGAAUCACCUCAGCGUGCGUGGUGGACAUUGGGGCACAAAAGAUAAGCAUUGCAUGCGUUGAGGAUGGCAUGUGUGUCGGCAAAACGAGACUCCAGUUGAUGUAUGGAAGUGACGAUGUAUCCGCGUUACUCAUGAAGCUCCUAUUGGGGAGCGGAUUUCCGUACAAGAGUUUUGAUGCUGGACAGCAUGCCCAUGACUGGGUUUUGGCGGACGAGUUAAAGGAAAAGCUUUGCACCUUCGAAGAAUCCCAGCUUAUUGUAAAUCUGUGUGACUUCUAUGUCCGGGCCCCGAAUCAGCCGACACUGUCAUAUAGGAUGAAAGUGUAUGAUGAAGUAGGGGUCGCUCCCUUGCUUCUGCUGAACCCGCAAGCGAUUGACUUCGAGGAGAAGCUGAAGUCCAUGGCCCUCGGUCAAAACUAUCUGGAUGUUAAUGCUGAAGAUGAAACUCAUGAAGAAGAAGGGGGUGCCGCCAAAACCACAGCGCCGAUACAAACCGGUGGUCUCAAACGGACAAGGGAUGGAGUGCCGAAGGAAGAGUCAAACUUCAAGGCGUUCAAGGCUCCCUUGGGCGUUGGCAGCGAUGUCACAGAGGAUGGUCACUCGGACCUCGAUCCGCCGUCAACGGAUGCUGUCGAAACAUCAACACCAUCGUCAAAUAUGGAACAAAAACUACGAGAGAGCCAGCUAUUGGGAACGAUCUCACAAAUCACGUCUCCGCUAGACACAGCUAUCGCUCAAUCAAUGGCGCAUUUUGCUAGCACCUGCUCCGAUCUUCGAGUAACCGAGCUGGAAACGCGGCUCCGGAAGGUCGCAUCCGCUAUACUCCUGAUCGGCGGGGGAAGCCUGAUACCUGGGCUCGGCCCACUUCUUGAGGAGCGCCUUGCCAAGAAGUGUCAAGAACCUUGGUUCCGAGAAGCGUUACCGGGAGCAUCGACCUUGGCCAUCGCGCCACAAGUGAUGCAGAACCCAAGGGAGAUUGAUUCGCGAGUACUGGUGUGGACGGGGGGCGCGGUGUUUGGGAGGUUGGACAUGAUCAGUGAUUUGUGGCUUACGAAUAAGGAGUGGAAAGCGAGAGGGAUACCGGGCUUGUCGAACAAGUUGAUGUUCAUCUGGGAUUGAAGUAGAUGGGAGAUAGAGCCUAUGGGUCGUUUCCAUGGUCAUUUUUGUACAUGAAUCAUACACAUUUCUUGGACAUGCGAUGGCAUUUUGGGCCUGAC